UAGGUAUCCUUCCACAUGGUACCGCGUCGAACUACUAACUAAACCGUUUAGCUACUGUACUCGAUAUCUAUCACAUAUAAUAAGAGGGUAGGUAUGAGAUUGUGAGUUGAAACACAUCUCGUUCUCCUAGUCUUCGCGUUACACCGUGCUGGUCUUUUCAGAUGUGACUAUCCGAUGAGCAAACACCAUGGCGGACGAGCCCAAGGACUCGGGCGUCUCUUUCGCGCCUUUUUUCGACCGCUGCAAGCUGCCAGCAAGUGUUAAACAUGACUGUGACACAUUCGUAAGGAAUCGAUACUCGGAGCCAGCACGGCCUACUCCGUUCCAGGGAUACUGCUCAUACACGGUUUUUGUCGGAGACGAAAUAGUUGUCCAGUUUAGACCAUUAGCUCAUAAGCUAGACAUCAGUAUCGCCAAUGCUGCCUGCAAGACCUUCGGGCCCCUGGCUCCUGAAACCGAAUUCCUCGGUGAGCUAGGAAGUACAGGUCUUUACGUCUUCUCCAUGAGAAGGGUACCAGGGGUAUCUUUAGCAGAUCUUCGCGCCGAAACGAAGACUUCGCAGGCGAGAUCGCAACGAGAGCAAAUUGUGCGAGAUUUCGCACACCUGCAAGCGACGAGCUGGGGCCAUACGAUAAGCCAAGGGGACGUACGGGAGAAAAGGAUGGUGGGAUCUUCGCUGCGCUGGCGGAUGGAGCUGAUGGCCAAGAAUCUCCCCUCUCGCUUUCGCAGCAUCGCAAGGUCUGUCCUCACCGACCUCUCGGAAAUCGAAGCUCUACCGUGGACAUUGAGCCAUGGCGAUUUCUUACCUUCAAAUAUAAUGGUGGACCCAGAGUCUGGAAAAUUGUUGGGGCUCCUAGACUGGGCCGAGGCCGAAUACCUGCCUUUUGGAGUCGGUAUGUAUGGCUUGCAGGAACUGCUUGGGGAAGACAAGGACGGUCAUUUCGUCUACUACCCCGAAGCCAAACACCUACGUAAUUUUUUCUGGGCGGAACUUCUUUCUAAGGUUCCCGAAUUAUCGCGAAACGCUAGAUGCGUUGCGCUUAUACGAAAAGCGCAGAUUUUAGGAAUAUUCUUGUGGCAUGGUAUUGCUUUUGACGACGGCAAAUUAGACCGCACUGUUCAAGAGGGGAGGGAUGACGCGGAAAUUGAAAGACUGGAUGCAUUUCUGCUAUCCCGUUCUGGGAUACGUCCUCGAAAGCUGCGAGGUUUCCGUUCAUUUACGGACUCACCUGUUUCGUUCAUACGUGGACUUUUCUUCGGGAAAGCAUGUUGUUAAUAGUAUCUCCUACGGGCUGAUACGGGUAGACCUAGGUAUAUAGGUAUGUGUAGUGAGUAUUAAAUAAUGGUAGCUUCAUACAAAACACUCUUAAAGGUGAAGUAAUAUGCAGUCUGUUGACAUAACACCAAUCACCCUAUGAAGUGCAAUGCAUUCCCGAGAUAAAAGCAACAGAUAGGAACCUAGCAAAGGCUUGGUAUAUGCUUCAUUAGGGAAUUGGAUGGGUA